UACACAAUCGACGAGAGUGAUGGGAGAAGACGAAUCUCAACCAAAUUGGGAAGGUAAAGCAACCAUCGAGCUACCAAGUAUCACUUCACAACAAGUAUGGCAAGUUUUACAAGAUUUCUGCAACUUACACAAAUGGAUCCCAAUAGACACAUGUUACCAACUUGAAGGUAUUCAAAAUCAACCCGGUCUCAUCCGUUACUGUGCUUCAACAAUCAAAUCUCUUGAUUCUGACUCUGAGCCAACAAUCAAGUGGGCAAAAGAGAAACUGUUGAAAAUUGAUCCAAUCAAACGUUGUUUGUCAUAUGAAAUUGUUGAUAACAACAUGGGAUUUAAGUCUUAUGUUGCAACAUUGAAAGUUGGUCCAAUCGAUGAUGAUGAAGAAGGUGUUGGAUGUGUGAUUGAGUGGGGAUUUGUUUGUGAUCCAGUUGAAGGAUGGACAUUGCAAGAUUUUAAUUCUUAUAUUGAGUAUUGUCUUCAAUUCAUGGCUAAGAAGAUUGAGCGGUAA